CUCCUCCCCUCUGCCUGCCAUUCUCCCUCCUCCUCCUUCGACGCCGACGCCGACGCCAGCCGCCGAUCCGCCGCGAAAUCGAGAGGCAGACCCGCCUGAGAUCCGCCGGGGCCGUGGAGAGGGGGUGCGAACCGCGACGGACGGCGCCAUGAACGCGAGGGGUUACCGAAGCACCAGAACCGCUCUCUUUGAUGGCAUUGAAGAAGGUGGAAUCCGAGCAUCAGCUUAUUCCUCACAUGAGAUAGAUGAGCAUGAGAAUGAGCGAGCUAUGGAUGGAUUGCAAGAUCGAGUCAGCAUUCUCAAGAGGAUAUCAGGUGAUAUAAAUGAAGAGGUGGAGGCUCAUAACCGAAUGCUGGACAGAAUGGGGAAUGACAUGGAUUCAUCAAGGGGGUUUCUCUCUGGAACAGUGGACAAAUUCAAGACAGUGUUUGAGACCAAAUCAAGCAGGAGGAUGGGGACUCUCGUGGCAUCGUUCGUCGCGCUCUUCAUGCUGGUGUACUACCUGACCAGGUAGAAGGGUCCUUGGGUUGGAUCCUGCCCUACCUUGGACUGGGGGUGCUCAAGAACAUGCUGAAAAUGGUUGCGCCGGUCGAUCUACAUGCCGUGUGUACUUAAUCUGUCAAAAGUAUGUCGAUCUGAGUGUCGCUAAUUUGCACUGUGUGUGUGUGUGUGGAUUACAGCCCUUUCCUUCUUUUUUUGCUCUGGUGAUGUGUAAUUAAUUACAGAAUAUGGAGUCAACUUGUUGCCUGUUUGCACUGUCAUGCUAUAUCUAUGAUACCCAGUGUACCUGGAAUGCUUGCUACUA